UAUUUUUUUUUUUUCUUCUCCCUUACUUUGUUUUGUUCUAUCUCUCUCUCACACUUUACUUGUUUUGAGUGCAACUCUCUCUUUGUUCUUUUGUAGAGGUAGGAAGAGUCAGGAGGUAGAGUUUGGAGGCUUUUGUUUAGGGCUGUCUGCUAGGCAUACAGAUCCACAGGCCGCACCCUUAUGUACUAAGAUUUGGGGUAUUUCUCUCUUCCGCCCUUUCUUUGGUUUUUUUCUUGGCUUCUAGAUUUAGAGGAGGGAGGGGAGAAGGGUGGGCAGAUAGAUACAUAGAAAUAGAUGGAACAAAAGGGUGCUCAUGGUUCUAUGUUGGGUAGUGAGGAUUUUUUUUGUGGCUCUGAUUUGGACUAGUCAGUGAUCCUUACCAGAAACCAAAAAACAACAGUAGGUAGGGAGGAAGAGACCAAGAGCAAGAACACCAUCAAGGUUUGAAAAGGGCCGUGUUGUUUUCCUGCUUUGGUCUAAGAGAUGGCAGCAGCCUCGUCGUCGGCUCCCUUCUUUGGAAUUAGAGAGGAAGAGCACCACAACCAACAGCAGCAGCAAGCUUCCUCCACUCCGGGCUCCUCAGCACCUGCUGCUUCACAGCCCCCAGCUCCUCAAAAGAAGAAGCGGAAUCUCCCUGGAAAUCCAAAUCCGGAUGCGGAGGUGAUAGCGCUGUCGCCGAAGACACUUCUUGCGACGAAUCGGUUCAUCUGCGAGGUCUGCAACAAAGGGUUCCAAAGGGAGCAGAACCUUCAGCUGCACCGCCGUGGCCACAACCUGCCAUGGAAGCUGCGGCAGAAGAACCCCAAGGAGCAGCGGCGCCGGGUCUACCUCUGCCCGGAGCCGACCUGCGUCCACCACGACCCGUCGCGGGCCCUCGGCGACCUCACCGGCAUCAAGAAGCACUUCUGCCGCAAGCACGGCGAGAAGAAGUGGAAGUGUGACAAGUGCUCCAAGCGCUACGCCGUGCAGUCGGACUGGAAGGCCCACUCCAAGACCUGCGGCACCCGAGAGUACCGCUGUGAUUGCGGCACCCUCUUCUCCAGGCGUGACAGUUUCAUCACCCACAGAGCCUUCUGUGAUGCAUUGGCACAGGAGAGUGCGAGGAUUCCAACCGGCCUUAGCACCAUUGGCAGCCACUUAUAUGGGAAUAGCAGCAUGGGUUUGGGCCUCUCCCAAGUGAAUCCCCAGUUGUCUUCCUUACCGAAUCAAACCCACCCAUCUGCCGACCUCCUCCGCCUCGGAGGAAGUGGUGGUGGGACGCAAUUUGAUCACCUCAAUCCUUCCUCCUUCCGUCAGCCUCAGCCCCGGCACUCCUCCCCCUUCUUCCUCGGUGGUGGCUCAAGCCAAGGCUUCAAUGAUGACCCUCAAUCCAAUCAUCCUUUGCUCCAAGGCAAAACCUUCCAUGGCUUGAUGCAACUCCCUGACCUCCAAGCCAAUACCAAUAAUGCCUCAUCUUCCUCCACGGCUGCCGCCACUGCUGCCAAUCUUUUCAAUCUUAGCUUCUUCUCUAAUGGCGGCAGCACAAGCAACAUGAACAAUAGCAACAACACUGGCAAUCAAAACACCAAUCUGCUGAUCCCGGAUCACUUCAACAAUGGCAAUGCAAGUACUGAACCAACGACCCUCUUCUCCGGUAAUCUCAUGAAUGACCACAUGGGCUCGGGCAUCUCUUCUCUGUAUAACCCCUCUAUGUACAAUGAAUCCUCAGUGCCUCAGAUGUCAGCAACUGCACUACUUCAGAAGGCUGCCCAAAUGGGUGCAACCACCAGUGGUGGCGGCGGUGGCUCCUUGCUCAGAGGAUUCGGCAGCUCUUUUUCUAGUGGAUCAAAAACCACCGGUUUCCAGGCUGCGUUUAGUGGCGGCGGCGGCGAUGGAGAGAACUCAAGGUCUCAGGUAGAGAACGAGAACCAUUUCCAGGACCUUAUGAACUCCCUUGCCAAUGGGAGCGCUGGAAUAUUUAGUGGUGGACAUGAACAGCAGACUGGGUUUGGUGGGUUCAACCCAGGUUUGUGUAACAUGGAUGAAGGCAAGUUGCACCGUAACCUUUCAACUGGGGGCAUCGGGGGGUCUGACGGAUUAACCAGAGACUUUCUUGGGGUGAACAGUAUGGUGAGAAGCAUGGGUGGAGGGAUAUCUACGAGGGAACAGCAUCUUGGCAUUGACAUAGGCUCCUUGGAUUCAGAAAUGAAGUCCGGUUCCUCAAGUCGAUCCUUUGGAGGGAAUCUGUGACAGGAAUGAAGAGAUCCAAGAGGGAAGAAGUAAAAAGAAGAAAACUCGGUAGGUAAUGUGACUCAACUUGGUCAACUGGUAGGGAAAGCUGCUGUUGUUACUGUAGGGUUGUCGUUUAAUUAGUGCAGUAAGGUCCCGGUAACUGUAUGUUUCCUAGCUAGCAGGUCUUAUCUAUCAUUUCUCCUGCUUCCUUUAGAUAAAAGUUCUCUGUGAUAUAUAGUCCUUAAACUGGAAAUAGGGUUUUGUUUCUUUCUUUCUCUUUGAUCUUUUUUUUUUUCACUUCCUUUCUCCUUCUUUAAGGUGUUGUCACUGCUUAAUAAAAAGUAUGUUUCUCCUUCAAACUAAAA